ACCUAUGGUCCAUAGAUUAUCUUCGGUAGACCCUCUUCUUGGUCCGUCGUUGGCUUUUCAAAUGGAAGGGUUCGAAUGGUUUUAGACGUUUUCAGUGGAAACAUGGAUAAUCGUCGAUCCGUCGAUGGAAACCUACAGGAACAUGCUCUGCCGAUCCCGGUGCAGAUGUUCCUCUGGAGACAGUUGAGACCAUUCAUUCGUGCUAAACUUGGGAAACUUCACGAAGCAUCCUGCACGUCUUACAGCACGAGACACGAUAUUCCCGAUAAUUCAACCAACAGAUUCAAUUCAUAAAAAGGAAACUUCCAAAUUGUAGAAACGCUUCUGCUCCAUGAACAAACGGAGGAACGAAACAUCGUUCUAUCCAACAUUUUCGCUUUCGUGAUUGUCCUUAACGAGUUUGUUGUGCUUUUCGUUUAGAAGUCUGCCUUAUUUAUUCAUCAUUGUGUAUUUGUUAUAUAAUAUUUACUAAAAAACAUGUAAAAAGUAUAAUAUUGUCAGUUUAAUAUUCAUUAAUCUUCAUUUGGGAAUCUGGUUUUUUGAAAUUCCUCGAGAUAACAAGUGUCAUAAAGAAUCUUUUAACGAACGAGUCUCAAAAUUAAUCACAAAGUUAUAGAAAAAGAAAAAUUAACAAAUUAAUUAAUUAGCAAUUAAUUUGUCUUAAAUUACCAGAAAGAUUUUAGCUUUCUUGCACUCAUGGAAUUCAAAGUUUCAAUGUUACAAAGAGAACGACAAAGAGAAUAAUUUCUCGUGAAGUACCGCUGGAUUUCAUGUCGUGCAAAAUCCUAAUUACCCAUAUCCCAUCAACCCUUUGUUUUCCAAUACCUAACCCGACCUGCACUAACAAAAGUAACCUCCUCCUCCACGCUGCCGCCUCCACGUGUCACCUGCAGUUCUGUCAACACGCGCCAGGCCAUCAUGAGACGAAGGAAGCUUGCACGUCUCUCGAGAAGGUGUUGGUUCAAGAUCUGCACAAUGAUCUAACACCCUCUUUGAGCUUGAUACUGGGCAAGGUGCCACGCUGGCGUUUGAUUCAAACCGCUCUUCCCUACGUUCUCCAUGCCGCAGCCAAUCUCCUGCACAAUAGGAAGGAUUUUCAAACUCUCGGAGCUAUGGAGACGACGCUUCUUUAUAUCCUUCAUUGGAUACUUCUCGACGCUGCUGAAGAAUGCGCGGAACUCGAAUCUGAUCCUGGAAAUCCUUUUUAUUAUGUCUUUCCUAUUCCCACCAUGACUCUGUUUGUAUAUCUCUUCGCGCCUCUGUGCAAUCAUUUAAAAGACAUCGACUUCAAAACUAAUUUACGAUUGGAGAACGGUUUGAAAAUAUGGUCGGCUAUGUACGAAUGUCGUCAUCCAGAUACACCCUGCUUUACCACGCAUUGUAGGAUCAAACCGCAAGUUUUAUGGAGUCGAUCCUUUAAGGCUUCCAAGCCGCAUCAAAUGUCUGACGAUGUGUUUGUUGGAGGAAAUGUUGAAAGUCCACCCAGUCAGUCAGUUAGCGUUCUUUCAGAUCAAAGCGUUGAUAAAAUGUCGUCAAAACAGCUGGACGAGGAUAACACUUGGGUGUCAUCGCCAAAGGACACUGUAUUCCCAGAAACGAUUCCAGAGGAGAGUUCUGGUGCUGAGGAUGAACACGUAGUAAUCUUCAGGUUGCCUUCCCUUAGUGAAUCAGAAAAAGCACUCGAUGGGGGUGAAGCUAGCAUUUUUCAUGUAGCUAUGGGCAAGACAACUGGUUUCUCGAAAUUAACGAUAGAACAAGUUACAGCGAUUUCAGCAUUCGACUCUUGCAGGCAAUAUCCUCAGAAGCCUAUAAGCAUAGGCACUGAGAAAGAAAAAGAAGAUCACAAGACGGAUAAAGAAAAGGAAAAGGAAAAGGAAAAAGAAGCACAGGAUACAGCCAAGCCAAAAACUUCCAGCACUCAAAAAGCUCCUAUUGAUUCUACUACAGGAUUAACGAGUAGUUGUGCUGCUAUUGAUGCAGAUGUUCGUGCUGCUACUUUUCUCGAUGUAGCUGUUCUCAGGUGUCUUUUCGUUCCUCAAUGGCAGGAAGAGGGGGUGCAUUGGGCUUUGCAAUUUUUGUACCAGCGAUUACGCAUGAUAAACGAAGAAAUAUCAGUGCAACAAAUGCCACGUCGUCGUAGCAAUUCCUUGCCGAUACCAAAAAUUGAAGUGUCAAUUUAUCAGAGUCCUGAAAGUAAGAAAAAGGAUGUGGCGAAAGAUUUCAUGGAAGUUCCCGAAGUUCGUGACGUUGCCUUGAUAUCCGGCCACGAUGUUGAAUCAAGUCACACGAGACGAGCCAGUGAGAAAUCGAAGAAGAGAAUGAAAAUGGCUGAUCUUAAAGCAUUCGUUGAAACAAAAUUGUUAUCCAAAUCUGAAAAGGCACUUGAGAAAAUUGGCCAGGAAGAACCAAAGAUGCUAUACGAUCAGGAGAGCCACAGAAGUCUGGACACAGGGGAUAAUCACUUAUCGAGACCAACAUCGUUUACUUCAAAAAUUUUUGAAGCUAAAGAUGUUGACCACAUGAAACAUCCAACGAAUUUGAUCAAAGGAAAAAGCAUGCCCAGUUUAAGCUGCUUGAUUAACGAGCUGACCGCGGGAGGGUACGUUGGUGAUACUCGAAUCGAGAGGAAACAAAGUCGAUUUUAUAGCCAAUCGUACACUGCACCCAACCCUAUCAUCACAGUUACGGAACACACCCCCGCGCCAUCCCCAGACUUCAUGAAACGACAGGGUUCGAUCGACAGUCAAUUAGAUAUUAUUAGCAUACACGGUAGUCGUUUAGAUUCGGAAAGGAAACCAAGCCUAACGAGAUCGCAGACAGACUCUAACAUUACUUAUGCCAGUGAUGAAAUACCGGAAGCGCCAGGAUCCUCUUGUUACAUUACUAAAGAAGGGGACAUUGAUCUACAAGUGGUUUUAAAAGCUGUACAUUCAGCCGCUUUACGAGACAAUAACUGCUGUACAUUACGAGUGUGUGAGAAUAUUUUGAAUUUGGUGGAACUUCUAAUGGAAAUGGGAGUAAUGAAACAGUGUCUCCGUGAAGAAAUCAUGGGCAGUAUAGCUGAAUCGACAACGGUGGUUGAGAAAUCAGAAGGUGGAAAGAAGAAAGAUACUGGUGAGAAUGAACAGGAAUAUCGACAGGAUCCUCCAGAAAAAGCAAAAUAUUCAUCCCACAAUCUGCUAAUGAACUGCGUGAUUAGAGUUCUGAAGCAUCUGGGUUGUCCGCAUAGUUGUUCAGAAGGGAUACGAGGACCACAAGCAGAUUUUUGUCGUUCUCAGGGACAAACGAUCCUCAACAAAUUAUAUCGAGCCAGCUCCAAGCAAUUCUCACGGUUCCUGAGAUCACUAAUGCGGGAGCAACCGAUACCGGAAAUUUUGGAGUUCUUUCACGCAUUCGUCGGAUUCUGCGUGGAUCCAAAUCAGAAACGAGGAUCCAGUAAAUCACCAGAGACCGGAACUCAGGGAUACGCGACAAAUUUUGGUGCUAAUUUAAUGGGAACGACGAUGGCCGGUGGGGGUACAGGUGGUGGUGCAAACGUAAGCGGUACCACGGGAACCAUGGGGGCGACAGGGACCGGAAGUGCAGCCGCGACUUAUGGCCUUGGCGGCCAUAGCGCUCGGGGUAUAGAGGGUCAUAUUUUCAAUUGCGUGUUCAAGGCACUGGUUACACGCUUUGUGAAAUCGCUUAAAGAGUUAAAAUCCCAGGACAAUUUAACCCUUUACUGUGAUCUUCGUCAGUUUAUGACUUAUGUCAAGGAGGUCCAUGGUGGUGUGUUUCGUCGUGUUGCUCUCAGUGGUAUCUUGGACUCUGCUGACAGACCUAAUAAAAGGUGCAACAGUAAUGUCCAAACCACUCGAGUUAUCAGACACAUACAUCAGUCAGAUUUAGAAGUGCACGCGGAUAUCGGGGGAGAUACAUGUUACACCGUAGACGAUAGAGGAACUCGAAAGUUUCUUUUUAAAAAACGUAGCACAUCCUCCACGUGUGCGAGUCUUCUUGAAACAGAAUUAAGCGAAGAAAAUGCGAAAGUCAGCCAAAGUCCUUUAGGUAAUUUGAGGAAGAAACAUCAUAUACUCACUCCAAGGCAAAGUGAACGUAAUUUAGGAAUUGAAUCUUUGAAUUCUGGAAAAAUUCGAAAAUCGACUCGUUUUCAAAUAGGUGGCAUAGUCAAUUGGUUUCGAAAGGAAUACGGCAGAACCGAUUCUACUGAUAGUCAUGAAAGCAGCGAGUCACCAACUGAGGGUAGUUUUGUUAGGCAAUCCAGUUUUCAUUAUGGUCACCACCGUAGUGCGUCCAGGUCAGGACGAGGUGUUGGUCUAACUCUACAGAAGGCAAAACGUAGAAUGCAAGACCAGCUGAUUAAUAUUGGCUUUGGAAAGAGCAAGAAGAAAGAAAGUCUAGAAGAAGUACCUGGAAGUUAUUUCAGUAGAAGGAAUUCUAUGGAAUUCGGCGAAGCAUCAAGGGAAUCUGAAUUCGUAGUACUGAAGGAAAGAAGAUUGGUACCUCGAAAUCCAGUCUACGAUGGAAUGCUGAGAUUCUCAUUCUUAUUGGAAACUUGUCAACCUGGUUCGGUUCCUGAUCAUUAUCUAAUGGGGGCAAUCUUAGAUCUUCCCUAUGCACCGGUGGCCGCCCGAGCGUGUUUAUUAUUGGAAUGCGCCCACUUUGUGCAUCAGUGCAAUAAAGGACAAUGGCCAACUUGGAUGAAAAUGAAUUUUCCCAUAUUCCGUCCAUCGAUGCCUAUUCACAAUAGAAAUGCUACCACAGUGCUGAGCAGAGUACACGUGUUGCAACGCACUGCUGGAAAAUUGUUUUAUCAAUGGGCAGAGGCUCUUGGGGCACGAUUAGAGGAAUUGUUAUUGGAAGAUAAACAAAAUGUCGAUCAAGUGAUAUCAAUGGUGUCUGAUGAAAGCAGACAGCGAGAGUUAAUCAUUGAGGAUGAAGAAGAAGAUUUCCUUGAUGAAGCUAGUAUAAAUGGUUAUGGAUCACAGUGUCCCAUGGCGUUACGUUCGGCAGCUUGUAUUCUACUUUUGGAAGUGACAGCAUUUUUAAGAGAAACUUAUCAAACUCUACCAAAAUUUAAUAAACUUUUAACAAAAGAACGUCCACCACCUUGGGAACGGAUGUACAGUAGAGAAGCAAAUCGACGGUGGAGUAUGGCGCUCUCCUCUAUGGGUCAUUCCCAGACGUCUGCACAGAGUCUUCAAUCCAUCGUGGGCGAUCGCGAGGUGGCUCCGGAGCGUAAAAUUAGUUUCGUCCUGUACGAACCAGAUAAUGAAUCCGAAGGUAGUAGCAAAUCAACAGUCACCAUUCAAGGAGAAGAAUUUCAAAAUCUUGAAAAAGAGAAGGCUAAGAGAGUGCAACCACCUCAGAGUCGACCGUUUCUUCUUCGUCGUGGUACAGCUGAAAAUGCAAGUGGUUCUUUUAAAAAAAGAAGCUUGAAACUUCGACGAGGUACUAAAGAGGGCAAGGAUACCGAAUGCGAGGCUUAUACGGUAAAACGAGCGGACUCGAUCCAAUCAAAAAGAAAAGUGAGCUCAUUGUCAGACAGGAGCGACACAUCCGAACCAGGGUUCUGCGGUGAAAUCAGCGGAGAGGAAUCACCGGGGAUCCUCAUAGACGAUCAACCACCUGAGAGUCCCUGCGACAGCAACGAAACAGACGAAACGAAUAAAAAUUUUCCUUGGAUGAAGGUCCUAGUACAAUUCGCCAAUUCGUUCAACUUCUACUGUUCCCAUCAGAACUUCUGUCAUCCUUAUUGCCAUCGGCGUCAAAUGCGAGCCUGUAGCAGGUUAAUCAAAUCCGUGAGGAAGAUUUACGGAGAGGAAUUUGGAAUUCUGAACGGCACGGGAAUAUUUGAUUUCGAUACAGAGAAAAAGGAAGCUAGUAAGAAGGAGAAACGUGGUAGGAAAGUUUCAGAGCAAACUAGCACUCAGGUAUCGCCAGUAAGGAGGAAGGACAGCGUGGGGAAAAAAUACAAGAUCGAGAAGAACAUGGAUGGAUCCCAAUCCUGCAGACUAGCCCAACGCGAUUCAUCCAAAGACCUGGCUGACCAAGAUUCAGAAAAAGGCAAAGAAACGUCGAAAAAGUCCGAAGGGGAGCCGGACAAAGAAAAUUCAGCGAUUCUAAAAUACAUCAAGACCCAAGUGAAGGAUGUGUUCCACGCACCCAUGGCAACUUUGGUAAAAGGAGCGGUGGUAAUGACGGAGGAGUUAUUCGUCGACGUUCUACCUGUCGCCUGGGAGCUUCUGUUGGAAUCGAAUCAAGAAGUCGCAGCUUCGGCAGCGUCUCUCUUCAUAGUAGGAGCUGUACGAGCUCCGCAUCAAGCGAGCGAAUUAAUGAACCAUGGUCUUCAACACAGCAGUUCCAGCGUACGGAUAAACGCCAUAUUGAGAUUUCAAGUUCUAUGGAAGCUACGGUAUCAAGUCUGGCCACGAAUGGAAGAGAACGCCCAUUUGACGUUCAAAGUUCCUCCGCCCGGUAUUGAAUUUACGUUGCCCUCGCCGAAGAUCGGUAUCGAAUCGUUGCCGGUGGUGGAUCCACCGUGGAUGCCUCAGGUGAAAACAAAAGUAGAGGAAGUGACGAUCAAUCAGGAGCAUCAUAGGUCUCUGGUGACGGCUACGAAAACACGUAAGAAGCAACAAACGGAACUGAUAAAGAAGGCUUUACAGGCACAGGAUGACAAGAAACGCGAAGAAAGAGAGAACUUUUUAAUCACUACUAUACCGAUUACCGUGCAGGCUGCGUACGAACCGAGUCCUGUCGGAGAUGACCACGAUGAAGGAAAUGUCGGGGACGAAGACGGAGGUGAAACUAUACCAAGGAACACGUCCCAUCACGGUCAAUCCGCGCCUUCGUUAUUUCCUUCCUCUUUAUGCUCGGCGAUCGUACAGAUCAUCAACCUGCUGGACGAUGCUGCUGUUUCGGACGAUGGAAGCGCUGUUUACGAAGUUGCAUAUCAAGUCAUAUGGAACUGUUUGGUGGAAGACAGUGCUCUGUUUCUUCGUUACGUUUUAGAACGUCUUACCAGAGAUAAGCAAGAAUUGAUGUUUAAAAUUUUAAGGCACCUUAUUCGAUUCGUACCAAAGCUACCCCAACAGGCCGCAUUCGCUUUGUAUAAUUAUAUAAUUGGUUACGUUAUGUUUUACGUACGCUCCCCUCACGAAGAAGGGCAGAAAUUAAUUGGAACUGCACUUUCCAUACUGUGGAUGGUCGUGCAUAGUGUUCAUGGAAUAAUGUUUAAAGAUUUGAAACAGAUACUACGGAAAGAACAGUGCGAUGCUUCUAUUUUAUUAACUGCGAAUGUUCCAUCCGCUAAAAAGAUCGUAGUUUAUGGUCCUCAUGAUCAGGAUUCCGGAGGAAUACCAUUACAUUUCCCGGUGCAGGAAGACACACAGUUCGGUCAGAUACUUCGGGAAUCCUUGAAUUUCUACAACAUUGAAGAAAAUAAGCACCAAGAAUAUUUUCUCGUCGACUAUAAAACACAUCAAAUUCGCAAUCCGUCGUCGUAUGCUCGAGAUUAUUAUUUCUUCAAAGGUAAAUCACAAUUCUCCGAAAUUAUACUGGUACAUAUGAAACAAGAGGACGCGUUCAGUGCUUUGCAACGGCAAGAGUUGGUUCAUAAAUUCGUUGAAAUUGGAAAGGUCCUAUUAACGUGGGCAAUUUUGAAGAACGUUGAUAUGGUGGUGCAGAGGGUAGUUUUUCUUCAUGAAGAACUAAUGAAAUUACCCUCCUUUCCACGAAGAGCAUUGGAAGCAGACCUGGAUUUGUAUAAAGGCGGUGAAAUAGGCCGGGAACUCCUUGGUCUGGACGUGAUGCACAAAUUCAUGUGGGUCAAAUUAAUCGCAAGGAUGUUCGAAGCUAUGGCUGGCAAUUUCGCCUACUCAGGAGACAUCCAUCUCUUUUUAAACGUUUUAAACGGUGCAGUUAUUCUUCACAGCGAGGAUUCAUGUAUUUUGCGUUACGUAGUAGCUACAUACAUAAACGCAGCACAUAAUUUCAAGAACAUUUUCUCAACGAAUGGUUAUUUAUUAAUUAUACCGACGUUGUUGCAAUUGUAUUCUACUCAUCAGACAAAUAAGUUGGUGACAACCACUGUGGAGUAUGCUGUGAAACAAUUUUAUCUGAUGAAUCGAAAGCCAUUUAUUCUUCAGAUGUUUGGAAGUGUUUCUACUAUUUUGGAUACGGACGAAACGAGUGUUCAUGGAGAAGCACAUAAAGUUCCCUCAGCCUGUUUAUUCAAUUUAUUGUUGAGCUUGGAGACUCCAUCGCCGGACCCUUUAAACAUAGAUGAAUUGGUGAAGGAGGAGAAGCCUUUAAGAGCCAUUGAUUUUUGUUAUCACGAUGAGAACGAAAUGGUCACGGUAUUAGAUUGCAUAUCUCUUUGCGUGAUGGUGAUAGCUUAUGCGCCAGAUUCAAUUAGAGGGCAACAAAUGCUGAUUACAUUGGAAGCAAUAUUACCGUGUUAUGUUCAGCAAAUUCAAUCUCCAACUUAUAACAAGGAAGGAAAAACUGAGAAGGAAAUAAUACAUCAAUUGGCUGUUGCUGUGAAAACUUUGGUUAAUAAUUCUGAGGCACUGACCAAGUACUAUAAUGGACCUCAAAAAUCAAGUCCAGAGCACAAAGGUUCCAGUCAAAGGAAUUAUGGCAAAGGUCCAUAUUCACCUGGUUUUGAUUUUGAGGAUGAAACUCAUACUACCAAGUACCUAGAGCACACCAAGGUGCGCAAUAUUUAUGAUCGAGAUAACGAAGCUAGUGAAAGUUGUCAUAAAAAUGAAUUUCGUCGUCCACGAGACACAUUGUUAAAUAUGGUAGGAGAUUUUGUAGCAAGAUGUUCAGCUCGUUUAACAGAAUUGAAUAAAAAGUCACAGGAUGGAAAGACGAUCGAAUUAUUGGACUCCAAGUGUCACAUACGACUAGCAGACAUAGCGCACAGUCUUUUAAAGAUAUCUCCAUACGAUGCGAGCACGAUGGGUUGUCGUGGCUUAAGACGAUACAUGAAUGAUAUUUUACCAUCAACUGAUUGGUCCAGCGAUGAUAUGAGACCAGCCUUAACGAAUAUUUUAAGAAGACUCGAUAAAACCUUCAGUAAAAUUCAUAAAAAAGCUUCGAUUAGAAGGAAUACCGAUUGGACAGCCGCGAAUGAUCUCUUGAAAGGGGUGUAUGAAACGUUGGCCAAAUGCCCCUACAUUGCACAUUUUCAAUAUUUGAAAGCACUGCUAACUACUUGUCAGUCAUUAAUUAUUGGAGAUACCCCACCGGAAGAUGUGACAUCGGCUUCCUCGGCCGCUUUAAUGAGCAAAAUACCGCCGCAACAUUUUUGCUCGACGGUACUUCGAUUGAUAGCACUUUACGUUAUAUCUCUCGGCGAAGGAUACCUUCAUGCCAUGUUUACUACCCAAACUAGAACCGAGAAUAUGUUACUUAAUUUAUUAAUACCGUUGUUCUUGCGUGUGGGAACUGGAAGGAAAGAUGUACCAAAGCUGAGACAGUCGGACAUUAAUUUUGCUCUAACAGCGGUGUUGAAUACUCUAUGGCCACCGACAACUAAAACUAUACCAAUAACUACCCAAAAUCUGAAAACCACAACGGAUGUGAGAGCGGGUAGUUUGACAUUUGUGGCGAGAGAUUCAAAGACUUCGACGAAAAUGUCGUUGACGUUGUAUCAAGUUGCAUUUUUAGCACUAAAGAUAAUGACGAUAUGUUUCGAAACGGAAUUGAAGACCGAAUGGACGAAAGUCUUGCGCACAAUGCGUUUAUUAAAUAAACGAAACGAAGCGUCCACUUACUUGUGGAAUUUUAUUGAAUUCGUGGUGACACAUCGCACAGCUUUAUACAUUCAAAUGCUUCCGUUUAUCGUUCAUAAAAUUGGCCAGGCACCAAUUUCAGAACACGAGAGAAAUAUGCAAAGCACAAUACGCGCAAAGAUUAACGGUGAUACUAAAACGGUACCAAAAUCUCGCGGCACUCUGUUAACUGAUCUUAUACACGAAUUGAAGGACUUGAAGGAAGAAAUAGAAGAUCGAAAAUUUGAUGAAGCACAACCCGAACCAAAAAGGAGCGUCGCAGACAUGCACUCCAUACCGGAAGGACAGCCUCGAACUCAGAGAUUAUCAUUAAUUGAUCGUUUGACUGGAGAUCUAGGAUCCAGGGGUCAUAUGAAUCACCAGUCGAACUCAAGUAGUACUGUAAAAACGACACAACCGAGUCAAGUAUCCACACCGCCAAACGGUAUACAAACUGCACGCGGAUCAAGCACUAGCGGAGGAUCGUCAACCCUUCGCGAGGCAAGCGAGGUUGUCGCUGGCGAACAACAACACACGGAUCAACAAAUAACGACAGAUAGAUCUCAACCAUCUUCUACUAACGAUGAACGUAACCAUGUUAAGCCUCAUCCUAUAUUAACUCAUCAAAAGGCGCCAAAACUGCGCUUUCUCUCUUCUGUAGAGUUUAGGCACUCAUCAGGGGAAACCAUGACGAGUCAACUGAGCCCGACCAGUCCAAACGAGGACAGUUCAGGCGAAUGUCGUCCAGACAAACCUCGAUUACAACGAUCUAUGGGUCAAAGCAAGAAGACUUUCCGGUUGAGAAAAAGCCGAAGAGCUCAUAUUGAGAUGUCUCAAUCAAAGCCAGAAUCAAUCGACAACGUCAGUCAAGUACAAACUACUCAACCAUCGGUCCUGACACCACCUACACCAAUAAUGGACCCUUCGAGCUUUAGCAUCCCUUCAGAUUCCUCGUCGAUUCGUUCGAGGCGAAGCUCGUCGAUUCGUCAAUCAGAUUGUGAGAAGGGCACCAAUUUAACAAGCGAACAACUUCAUGGUCUUCUUCACCAUCACCAUCAUCACCACCAUCACCACCAUCUUCACCUUCAAACCUCAGACGUCUCGUGGGACGAGGACACUUCCAGCACAUCCGGCUAUCGUGAAUCGUACAGUAUGCAAUUAGUAUCUUUAGAAAGUAACAACAAUAAUGCUCGUACGGUUCAAGCACCACCCUUGGCAUCGCCAGAUUUAAAUGACAUACCUUCGACGAGCAGCACCACCACUCAUGUAUUCGAAGGUAGUUCACCGGAGUGUUCCAUCAACGGAAGUGGAGGAGAAAAAACUGCGUUGUUGACUUCCAGUCAGAGGACCACGUCCCAACAUUCUUUACUGAUGGUUUUCCCGAAUCAAGAUGAGGAUACAUUGAUAUAGAGGUGGUUAACAGGUUUUUGUAAUUUGAUUUACCAUGAGGAGACUGAUUAGAACAUCGAUCGCCUCUGAUCGUUAACAGGAAGUCUCUAGUACAAUUACCCUGAGGAAGAUGGUGGUGGAGAUGAAAGAGGUUCAAUUACUCGUACUUGAAAGUUUACUUAGGAAAAUUUCCUUUGAUAUUAUUCAUUUUGUAAACUUAAAUUGGAUAUAAUGUGUGGGAUCUUCCUUUUUCGAAAUUACCAUGUUCCUUUUAGGGAAGCCUAGGUUCGAGUUAGGUACUGUACAUACAUAUCUAUUCUCUAAUGUUAUUUGUCAAUUCAUUAUUUGUCAAUGUUAUUCAAAUGAGACAAAAGUGCAAAUUGGUGAUGUUAGAUAAUUAUGAAAAACAGCGUUAGUAAAAGUUCAUUGUCAAUGGAUAUAUCAAUUUUUAGAUUUGAUUAGUAGGAGUGACUACAAGUACAAAAAGACUGCACAUGCCUUUGUUCUUGAGGGGUCGUGAUUUUAGGGGUUCCAGACAUCCCCAGGUGUGGCUACUUUUCCAUGCACAGAACACAGUUGGUAUAAUAAUCGCGCCUGUUAUGCAACUUUAAAGACACAAUUUUGACUCCCUUUGAUUCUAUUUUUUUAGAAAUCAGUCAAAAUCAGCACAAGACCGAAAAAUUAUUAAAAUAAUUGUUUAACAAACUUGUGUUCACUUCAUGCGCCUUAAUAAAUAAAAGCAAGUGAGUUAUUAUUUAA